AUGGGCGAAUUCUUAAAUAUCAUAAUACGAACUCUUGACUCACAAGAACUGCUAUUAUCAAUCACUUCUCUAGCUAGGGUGACGGAAAUCAAAUAUUUCAUUAAUCUGCGCGUAGGCAUCCCAGUCCACCGCCAAAGACUUAUUUUCCAAGGAUACCUUCUCAAAGACGAAGAAAGUCUUGAAGAAAUUGGCAUCUCCAACAACGAGACCAUCUAUUUAGUAGGGAACGUUCAAAGAGACGAAGACCCUAUAGUCGCCCUUGCCCAGCUGUCACUUUUAAACAACUUAAGGUCUCAGAGAAGGCCACGAAUACCUAGAAGAGCCUUAAGCAAUGACCAAAUAGCAGAGGUUUUAAGGCAAAAUUUGUAUGUGAUUGAUGAUUUGAUAAGUUAAGUUAAGUAUUGUAAAGUCUUAAGCGGAUAAAUCACUAGCCUGCCUAUCUAGCAUAAACCUACCUAACCUAAGGAUUAGCUCCAUAAGUUAGAGCCUCCUCUUGAGGAUCCCCAGUUAGUCCCAAUAAGCAAGGAUUAAGUGGGAGGCAAAACCUGCCUAGCUAAUCUUGCAGGGAUAUGGAAAACCCAUCGGGGUGAUCGGAAUCAGUCCUACCUGCUCCACAGAAAAUGUGCCUCGAAGUCCAUCUUCCCUUUAUUUUUGACUUGAUAAGGAAUUAUAACAACGACCAAGGAGUAAGCAGGAGGGUGCUUAGAGAAGGACAAUGGGUUGAUGUGCUGGAUACUGUAAACCAAUGGCUCGAUGCACAGAUUUUACAACUGAGGACAACAAGGUCAGGAACAAGAGUUCUGGUGCAUUAUAAUGGCUGGCCUGACAGAUGAGAUGAGUGAAUUAAUGCAGAAUCGCCAAGAAUAAUGCCCUUUAGAUCAAAGACAAGACAGGCUAGUGGGUUAGGAAUACAGUCUCCAGUCCCGUCAAAUCCUCCUGUGAUAAGGAAAUCAGGAAAUGAGGAUAUUUCUACAAUGACUCUUCAGACAAGUAUUUAUGUAUAAAAUUUUCAUUGAAUUAGUAUAUCGCAAUAUUUGUUCCUUCAGGGUUAAUAUUUUUUUAUAUAUAUAAAUUUAUUAAUAUUUUUUAUCGAAUCUUAAAAAAAAAUUGGAAGCCAAAAAUUAAUUUAAUUUGUAAAAUUUAUGUUAUAAAAUGCAUAGUGCUUAAGAUUCAACAGAAUUAACUAAAUAUUUUAUUAUAGAAAUUAUCACUUAUCUAUCAAAAUAUUUUUUUCAGAAAAAUUUUGUUCGCUAACAGACGGUGGUUUUUUUACCCAAAAAUAGGGAUUUCCAUGAUUUUGUUGGCUCACAGAGGGGUAAUUAUAUAAAAUUAGCUUAUUUUAAAUAGCAUAGAUAUUGUGAAAAAUUUCAUGGAAAAAUACUCAGUUAUAAAACAGUCCUUAAAUACUUUUCAACAAAUUGGUCAAUUUUUUAAUGUUCACAAUAUAGGAGAUCAGCAAGAACAGAUGAAAAAUGAGUUAGAAAAUUUGAAAAUUUAUAUAGCGCCAGUUAUCGACAGAGUAGGAAGAGCAAUGACAGAUUUAGGACAAGCGUUAUCAAGGGACACCAAUGAAGAAUUGAACUUGAUUGAGGCAUCAGAUGAUCCUAGUCCAAUGAACUUGUAUUAA